ACCAACUCAAAGCUUGGACCUCUAAUUUAAUGAAAAGGGAGGAAAACAGCAUUUCACUAAGCAGUUGAUUAAGAGUCUUGUAUUCAAGGGAAAAGCAUUCCAUUCACAAGCAAUUGGAUGAGAGUCUUAUUUGCCCUUGGCAACUGAAGAUGAUGUUACUAUGGAAACGACUUGUGCUGCUAUCAAUCAUUGGCUGCCUCGCAGCUUUUGCAGAGGAAGUAAUGUUCAAUGGCCCAAGCUGGAAGACAGAACCCAGUGACCUGAUUCUCCCCAUCGAUUCCCCAGACCAAGAGACCACAAUAACGUGUGAGGCAAUGGGGGCACCCCCACCACAGUACAGAUGGUCCCUAAACGGAACGCUCAUUGAUUUCGGAAGUGACUACCGGCGUCGCUUGUCUGGGGGCAACCUGAUCAUUAACGGUCUGGACAGAAACCAAGACAUGGGGAUAUAUCAGUGCACUGCUUUCAACACACGGGGCACCAUUCUUAGCAGGAAAGCAAGCCUGCAGUUUGCAUACAUAGAGAAUUUCAAAACCCAAACGAGGAGUGCUGUCUCAGUUCGAGAGGGGCAAGGGGUCGUUUUGUUAUGUGGACCACCUAUGCAUUCUGGAGAACUUACUUUUGCGUGGGUCUUCAACGAAUACCCGUAUUUUGUCCAACAAGACAGUCGCCGCUUUGUGUCUCAGGAAACGGGGAAUCUAUACAUCGCUAAAGUGGAGCCCUCGGAUGUGGGCAACUACACCUGCGUGGUGAUCAACACCAUCACAAAGGAAAAAGUCCUGAGCUCCCCCACUCCUCUAGUUCUGAGGACAGACGGAGCAAUGGGCGAAUAUGAGCCUAAAAUAGAAGUUCACUUCCCAGACACUGUUCCAGCUGCGAAAGGGUCGGUUGUUAAACUGGAGUGCUUCGCUCUGGGAAACCCAGUCCCGCAAAUAACCUGGAAAAGAACAAACAGCGUUCCAUUUCCGGGAAAAGUCAAAAUGAGGAAAUCCAACGCUGUCCUGGAAAUCCCUAGUUUUCAACAGGAAGACACAGGGACUUACGAGUGCACAGCAGAGAACAGCAGGGGCAAGAACACCGCACGUGGUCGUCUUGCCUUCCAUGCAAAACCCCAUUGGACCCAGACUAUGAGAAACACAGCCCUGUCAAUAGAGGAGAGCCUUUUCUGGGAGUGCAAAGCCAAUGGGAAACCAAAACCUUCAUACAGCUGGAUGAAGAAUGGGGAGGUCUUGCUCACAGAGGGUCGAGUGCAAAUCGAAAAUGGAGCUCUCUCAAUAUCAGCUUUAAACCUGUCAGAUGCUGGGAUGUAUCAAUGUGUGGCUGAGAACAAGCAUGGCAUUAUAUAUUCCAGUGCUGAGCUAAUGGUGUUAGCUUCACCACCUAGUUUUUCGAAGAAUCCACUAAGGUCCUUACUAAAGGCGCGCUCAGGAAGUGAAGUCACCCUUGAGUGCAAGCCGCAAGCAUCACCUCAAGCAAUUAGCCUUUGGAAGAAAGGCCAGGAGAUUGUACGCAGAAACGAAAGGAUUGAUCUCCUUCCUGAUGGAACACUGAGAAUCACCAAUGUGACCAGGAAGGAUGGGGGGAGCUAUACCUGUGUAGCCCGGAACCAGUUUGGGACUGCAAGCACAACUGGAAGACUGCUAAUCACAGAACCCACGAGGAUCAUCCAAGGCCCAACCAACAUGGAGAUCAUUGUGGGGGAGAGCAUCGUGCUGCCCUGCCAGAUCGCCUGUGACCCGGCCCUCGACGUCUCCUUCUCCUGGGCUUUCAACGGACAGCUCAUCGACUUCCAUAGGGACAGUGAUCAUUUUGAGAGAGUGGGAGGGAAUAUAGCAGGGGAUCUGAUGAUUAGAAACAUCCAGCUGAAUCACGGUGGAAAGUAUGUCUGCAUUGUGGAUACAGAUGUGGAAAGCUUGUCAGCUGCUGCAAUCUUGAUUGUUAAAGGUCCUCCAGGCCCUCCGGACAGCGUAGCAGUGGAGGAGAUCACAGACAGCACUGCUCAGCUAUCCUGGAGUCCUGGCAGAGAUAAUGGCAGCCCCAUCACUGGCUACAUCAUUCAGGCGAGGACUCCCUUCACUGUGGGCUGGCAGGCAGUCGAUACAGUUCCUGAGGCAAUAGAUGGCAACACACUGACAGCAACUGUGGUGGAUCUGAAUGCCUGGGUGGAGUAUGAGUUCCGUGUGGUGGCCAGAAAUAGCGUAGGCAUGGGAGAACCCAGCCCUGCCUCCAUUAAGACCAGGACUGAGGAUGCUGUCCCUGAUACAGCUCCCACGGAUGUCGGAGGCGGGGGUGGCACCAAAUCAGAAUUAGUAAUAACAUGGGAGCCGGUGCCAGAGGAGCUUCAGAACGGCGAGGGCUUCGGGUACAUCAUUGCCUUCCGUCCCCUGGGCGCAGUCACCUGGACGCGUGCUGUCAUAUCAACCCCCGGAGUGGCCCGCUAUGUUUUUCGAAAUGACAGCAUCCCACCGUUCUCUCCUUUCGACGUUAAGGUCGGAGCUUACAAUAACAAAGGAGAAGGGCCCUUCAGCACAAUAGCCACUGUGUUUUCAGCAGAGGAGGUGCCAAGCGCUGCGCCUGAGAGAGUUGUGGCCAGAAGUAUUUCUGCAUCGCAAAUUGAAGUAAUCUGGGCAGCCCUGCCUCCCAUUCCUGAAAGGGUCCUUGGAUAUGAGGUGGUGUAUUGGGAAGAUGACACCAAGCCCGAAACAGUGGGGAAAGUGAGAAUAUCUGGAAAUUACACCUCUCUUAAUGUCAGUGGCCUGAAAGGAAACAGUCAGUAUUACUUAUCCGUGAGUGCUUUUAACACCGCUGGAACAGGCCCACAGUCUCUGACUGUCAACGCCACCACCAAAAAGCCACCCCCGGGGCAGCCCCCCAUGAACAUAGAGUGGACUCUGAUUGGCUCCCAGCUCACCCUUCAUUGGGACCCUGUGACAGCCUUGGAGACAGAGUCAGAGGUCACCGGGUAUCAAGUGUCGUACAGAAGACAGCGGUACAAUGACGUGAAUACAAUCACAACCAAUAAAACAACAGCAGAACUGACCCUCUCUGCCAACGAUGACUAUCUCAUUCAAGUCAAGGCCUUAAGCGAUGGAGGGGAGGGCACAGGCAGUGAACCUAUCCAUAUUCACAAAUUAAGCAUGGGAGCCAGGGGCUCCAGAGCUCCAUGUUCCUGCUCCCUUGGUCUUUCGCUGGUUUUCACUAUGGUCCUCUCCACGUUCAGAUCCACCUUCAUCUGAGUGUUGAGACAAACCUGCCUGUCUCCAAACUCAUCCCAGUGUUUUUUUUUUUUUUACCUUAGACACGUGAGCAGUGAUAUGUUCAUCCCUCUGUGGCUCUAUGUAUAUUGCAUCCAUAUUGAAAUUCAAAUUCAUACUGAAAACAGAACAAAAACCUGUGGCAAGUGUGACAUAACAGGGUAAUGCAUAUUGUAAUUUGAAAUGUAUAUAACAAAAAAGAAUUAGUGUGCAUGUUUAUGAUGCGAUAUCUUGUCUUAUGUCAUACAUGCCAUCACACUACUGUAUGAAACGAUUUCAAAAUGUUUA